CAAUAUUAGAAGAAACCAAUCUAAUACUGAACAUCAAGAAAGAGAAGAAGGUUGAUGCUGGCAAUUUCUAUCCUGAAUGGCUGCUCUUAGGAGAAAGCUAACUGUAGUUGGAGAUGACUGCUGUGGUAAGACAUGCCUCCUCUUCGCUCUGUGUCACGAACAGCUUCCCAAGUCCUACGAGCCAACUCUGCUUGACACUUACACCACUGACACAGAGGUAGAUGGGAAAGAGAUGAAACUAAUUCUCUUCGAUGUGGCAGGGAAGAAUGAAGUCAGUUACCGAAAUCUCCGCUCAGUGUUCUACAAGGACACCGACGUUAUUUUAAUGUGCUUCUCCGUGGACAGGCCUAACUCACAGCAAAACAUCCUUGAUUUUUGGGUUCCAGAAAUCGAAGUGUUCUGCCCCACAGUACCUAUUAUUCUGGUGGCUACCAAGAUAGAACUAAGGGAUGAUGAAGGUAUUAAGAAGAAACCAACUACUCCAGGCAACAAGCCAAUUAACACUACAGAAGGAAAAGCUUUAGCUGCCAGCAUUGGGGCAUAUGCUUACCUGGAGUGUUCUGCCAAGACAAAAGAAGGUGUUGAUACAGCCCUGGAGAUUAUUAGCCAAUGUGCAUUAAAUCAGAAAAGGAGGAGAAAGAGGCACUACAGGCACUGCCAAAUUUUGUAAGAGGAGUGAAUAUUAUUUUGUUGGAUUUCAUCAUGUGGAAAGGUCAACCAGGCAAGUGGACCACCAUGGAAAGAGGUAUCCAGUACCUGAGGGAAUUAGCCAUGC